AUGUCCAUCGUCGUCGCCGUGUACGUCGUCGCUUUAUUCCCGGCGACUGCCUCCGCCGCCACGGCGUACAUGGUCGGAGAUGACGACGGAUGGAACACCGGGGUCGACUACAGCGCUUGGGUGGAAGGCAAAGAGUUCGUAGUCGGCGACACGCUCGAGUUCGUGUAUUCUGUGAGCAGAGAUGACGCCCACACCGUGGUGGUGAUGGACGAGGGGGACUACAACGACUGUACCUCGCUGAACUACCUGCCGACGCUGAGUUCCGGGGACGACACGGUGGUGCUGAGGCAGUCCGGAACGUGGUACUUCUCCAGCGGCGUCGGGGGCGACUGCAACGACGGCUUGAAGCUAUCUGUCGAUGUUCAGUGA